GAAGAAGAAAUACAGGAAACAUCCUAAACGUUGCUGUCAAACAGAGAUCGGUUAGUGUGAUAGACAGAAGAACAGUAACCAACCUUCGCCCCGUAAUUAUAUCAAGGCUAUUUCUGUUUACUGUUACUGUUUAUUUUGUCGAGCCAAACGAAAUGAAAGGAACUUUACUAACUGAAUGAAAUAGUGCCAGAAGUAUGGAUAAAGUCAUCAACUGUUUUCGUAAGAGGCCAGACGCCGUGGCUAGGCUCAUAUGUUUCCCCUGGGCUGGGGGUGGCUCGAUUCACUAUGCGCGAUGGGGCAACAGUAUGAGUUCGAUUGAAGUGUAUUCUGUUCGGUUACCUGGGAGGGAGUCUCGAGCCAGAGAGCCCUUUCACCAAAGUAUGCAGCAGGUGGUAGAGGAGGUUGUCACCGUAUUGUUGCCUGUCCUCAGGGAGAAGCCUUUUGCCCUGUUUGGCCACAGUUUUGGUUCCAUGUCGUGCUUUGCCUUCGCUGAGUUCCUAAAAAGAGCUCACGGGAUUGAGCCCAUCCAUAUCUUCCUCUCUGGGGCUUCUGCUCCAUAUUCUAAGACCCGUCUCAGUGCCCCCUCCAGAAGUGCUCUGUCAGAUGAAGAGUUUCUCCAAUGGAUGAGUACAAUUGGGGGCACGCCCCCUGAUCUAUUGGCCAAUCCAGAGUUGAUGAAGCUCUUCCUUCCUUCACUGAAGGCAGACCUUCACGUAAUUGAGAACUAUAGAUGUCCACAGCCAGAGACACCCUUACUCUCUUGCCCGGUCUCCUGCUUCGAUGGAACGCAAGACGUGCCACACGAUCUGAAAGCCUGGAAGGACAUAACAAGUGGAGACUUCACCAUCCAGAUGCUGCCUGGGGCUCACUUCUAUCUGAAAGAUGCAGUGAAUGAGAGGAUUAUACAGGACCAUGUCACAAAACACCUGGAGUCAGCAGAGAUGGACUACAUGUGACUGUUGCAAGUUGAGCUUAACUUGUUACCCACUACAGCACCUUACUGUUUUAUAGAAGUCUCACCUGUCAAAAACAUUACCCAUGGCCUGUGAACAUUAGGUAGUCACACGAGAUGUUUUUUUUUUCCUGGGGAGUAAAGGUCUAGAAUCAUGUCUAGAAUCUGUCUAGAAUCAUGAUUGUUCUCACCCCCCUCAGAUUUCUUUCAAUGUAUUAAAUGUACAUACGAUUAAUGCCAAUGAAGUGGCUUUAGUGUUCACAUUGUAUUUUUUUGUAAUUCUUUUAAUAUCAAAAUAAUAAUGUGUAAUGUAGACAUUUUCUAGCCUUCCAAAGCUACUCAUCUAAUCAUCAUGGACUGGAUGAAAACUCAAGAGAAGUUGUUGGAAUUGUGGCACACUUACACUAGACACACUAGGGACCCUGAACAGGAAAUAAAUUGAAAUCACUUAAUCAGAUUAUACAAAAUGUAAUGCAUAUCUUUGAAAUGUAAUGUGACCUGCAGGGGGAGCUAAAAUUCAACAAAUGAUAAAAAGUCUAAUGAUCUAAUAACCAUUUGGCCUGUGAUCCUUUUUUAUGCCAACGCUAUGAAACUGGUGGUAAAAGGCAUACUGUAUGUCUAAUAAUAUGUAUGACCAUUUGUUAAACCACAUUAAAAGGUUAACUGACA